AUGUUGUUGGAGUUGUGGAGCAACUUUUCUGUAUUCAUCUGUCUUAACUCUACUGCUGAUAAUUUCUGCAGGACAUCCUGGCUAAUUGAUAGCCAAAGAAUUGCUUCGAAAAUAAAAAACGUUUCUGGGUCACGGGAUCUCAGUAAACAAAAAUGGUUGAGCAACCCAACUAAGGAGUGCCCGAAUUGCAGCCACAUCAUUGAUAACAGUGAUGUUGUUCACCAGUGGCCUGGUUUGCCAAAGGGUGUAAAGUUUGAUCCGUCUGACCAGGAAUUGCUUGGGCAUUUGCUGGCAAAACAUGACAAAGCAGGUUCUCAACCUCACCCAUUCAUUGAUGAAUUUAUUCCAACAGUCAAGGAAGCUGAUGGUAUCUGCUACACUCAUCCACAGAAACUUCCAGGCGUUAAGCAAGAUGGAAGUGUAUCACACUUCUUCCACAGAACAUUUAAAGCAUAUAACACUGGGACUAGGAAGCGUAGAAAGAUCAACACUAGUGAUCUUGCCGAUGUUCGCUGGCACAAGACAGGCAAGACAAAGCCAGUAAUGGUUGAUGGACAGCACCUUGGCUGUAAGAAAAUAAUGGUGCUAUAUAUGAGUACUGUGAAGGGUGGGAAGCCCAAGAAGACUAACUGGGUGAUGCAUCAAUAUCAUCUAGGCACUGGGGAAGAUGAGCAGAAUGGGGAAUAUGUUGUCUCCAAAUUAUUUUUCCAGCAACAGAAUGGGGAAAAGAGUGCAUUAGAGCUAACCAACACAGAUGUGAUGCAAACUACAGUUGCUGAAGCAGAUCUUACUGACCUCCCUGAACCAACCGCGGAAGAAGAAGAUGAACGUAUUAGUAGUAUUAGUAACCAAGAGUUUCUUCUUAAUAAUGAAUAUAAUGCUGACGAGGAAGCCCUUCAUAGCCAUGAACAUAAUACUUAUCAGGAAAACGGAGAUUGUGAAAUAAAAAUGGAAGAAAAAGCUGCUGAUGAAAAUGCCGUCUAUCCAUCCUCUGAAAAACCUGAGGAUGGAGAUAAUCCACCAUCACAAGAUCCAAACUUGUGGGAAGGUGAUUCCCAGUUUCUGUUAGAUUCUCAGCAACUAGCAGAAAACUUGGCCAUUUGUGAUGAGUUCCUGCAGAGUCAGACCUCAUGCGGCGAUGGAGAUGAACCAGGUUCGAUCAAGCCUCGCCUGGCAGUUUAUGCCCAAUUGCCAGUAGAGGACUUGAAGAAAGAUCUGCAAGAAUACAAGGACUUGGGCCCUUCAGACAAUGCAAAUCUUGAGCCUGAAAAUAAUGCUGAACUUCGAUUGAGCCAACUCGAAUUUUCACAGGACAGCUAUACGAUGGGAAUUUUCACAGGGCAGGCGGCUGAUUGA